UUCUUGUCCGCAAUGUCGCAACCCAAUGGCUCAAACCAGUCGAACGGAACACGCAAGAAUGUGCGUGUGCCUACCGUCUCGGAGGCUCUGCCAUACUCGCCAUUCACAUCCAUUCAGACCUUCACUCUUGACGCCAUUCCUCCUCCUUUGGCUUAUCCUCCCGCUACCGCACACAUCUUCUCGUCUGAAGAACAANAAGUCUCGGCCCAUGGAAUGCUAGAGCGACUCGAUGCUCAAGCCAAUAAUGCUGAAAGAGCCUCGGAACAAUUGACCAAGACACUAGAAUCUGUCCAACACCUUCUCAAACCGGACUCUCUCACACAGUAUCGCUUUAACAGACCUGCCAGGUUUGCGCAGACCAAUUCUCGCCCAGCCCAAAGUACUUCGACCCCAUCGAAGCACCAGCUCGGCCCCCUUCGCAAGAUGGUCUUGGACAGGACAAUUCCUGCCCACUACGCCACUACAAAAGCCAACCUGCCUGGAUCAGCCUCGAGUUCCAUCGCCAAACCACAAAAGCCACCUGCGCAUGCUGUCACGCCAGCAGCAACCGCUCCUAUCGCGCCUCAGCAACCUCAGCAUGGCUAUCAGUCAGCGUCUUCGACGCCGCACUUAUCCGCGACUCAGGCCACACCUUCUGCUUCCAGAUCCUACCCACAAGUUAUCAUUCCGAUCACUCCUUCGUCGGCCCCUGCGUCCUUCAAACCCAGCUCUUCACAGACGAAUGGCAUUCCUCCAACACCAUCGCAGAGCUCUCAGCCCAGCUCCCAGAAAUCGAACAUCGCCGUUGUGAUCCCCAAGACGCUGACUGAGGCACAACGCGCUCAGUACAUCCCUGUAUCGGAACCUGUAUCCAGCAAUGCCCAACGUGUUUCUCAGACGCCUAAAUCGGAGUCUCAAAGGCGCGCAGAAUAUGAAGCAGACCAGCGUCUGACUUCGGCAAGCAUUGCUCAGCAAGAGAAAGCGAACGCUGCAGUAGCGAAACUCCAAAAUUUGAUCACUGAGAUAUUCGAGGCCGAGGACCAGAUGCAGGCUGACACAUCUGGCAUGGUGUCGUCAAAUUCUGCCCGUUACUUCAACACCCAUGAUGCAGUUGAAGGCGCGCCAGUCUUGCAAGCAGCAAUCCAAACACAGCUUGAUACCGCUUUGUACAAGGUCGUUGCCCACGCUCGUCUUCCUAGUCUCGAUAUCGAAGACCUAGGCCGCAUACAGCGUCUAUGUGACCACGCUGUGACUGCUGCAGGUACUACUAACUACCGUAUCGACGACGACACCCCACAUGAAGCUGAUGACUGGCUACACCGCAUCGGCAUUGGAGAGCAAGGUUUGACUGCCUGCAAGACGUUGCUGCGUAUCAUGACAGCUGGCCGUGAAGAGAAACAAUUGUACUCUGAAGAAACGCUCACCACUCUUUUGAACAGUUUGAUUCACAUGGUUGAGACCUGCAUCAUCCCUGUGGUGGAGAUGAGAAGCAACGGCGACAUGGGCGAUACAUUCAAGUUCGCUUCUUCACAAAGCAAGCCUCUCACUCAAGUUUUGACGGUCUGCAUCCGGGUCGUCAAACUCCUGGGCGAUCUGAUAGCUAAAACUGACGUCGAUGAGCGUGUCAUCGUUUCUGCCGAGUUCAUCUGCAAGACUUUGGUCUUCGUUGAGAAUGCAACGUCUGAGAAGGAUUCUGUUCUUGGUAUACAAAGGUUUGAGACUGCUCGCAGGGCUGCCAUGGAUGUACUUGCAAAAAUCUUCGCUCGUUACCCAGAGCAGAGACAAUCGAUCUUCGAUGAAAUUUUGACCUCCCUCGAGAAACUCCCUGUUGGUCGACAAAGCGCCCGCCAAUUCAAGAUGGUUGAUGCGAAGCCGAUUCAACUGGUCUCCGCUCUACUCAUGCGCUUGGUGCAGACUAGCGCAACUCAUAUGGAGGCUAAAACAAAAUCUAUCUCUGAUGAAGAUGAUAACGAGAAGGAGGAGGAAGAUCCAGAGUCUUCCGAAGAAGAUGCCGAUGCAGACUCGGACUUCGACAGUGAGACGGAGAAGAAACGACGUGCCAAACGAAAACCCAAGCCGAAGAAACGCACAAGCACCGGGCCGGAUGAUUUAGCAUCGAUUGCCAACNCCCUGUACGAAGCUGCAUACAGAGAUGCACACUAUGUCGUCAAUUACAUGGUUCAGCGUGCCUUGACUUCGACAAAAUCAGGCGACCAGCCGUACCGAAACCUUCUGGACAUUUUCACUGAAGAUUUCUUGAGUGUUCUGGGCAAUACUGAUUGGCCUGCGGCUGAGAUGUUCCUUCGCGUCCUUCUAGCCAAGAUGUUCGAACUCUCAGAAAAUCACAAAGGCUCGGCUCCCUCAAAGGCAAUGGCUCUUGAGUUGAUGGGUGGCAUGGCCACUCGAAUCACUGAAUUACGUCUACAAGCCCAGUCAGCAGCCCGUCACCCGAACACGGACCGUUCAGAAGUCACAGCCAAGUUGCUGCAAAUCCACGAGAACAUUGUGGCCGAGCAGACGGAAGAGGAUGAACUGAUGUCAUUCGAUGGGCCGUAUCGGAUCAUACUCGAAUAUCUCCAGGCUAGAGGCACGGACGAUACAGAGUUGUUGACCGCCCGUGGCUACCAUUCUGUUCAGUGGGCGAAGCAAGUCCUUCAGCUCAAUCAAGACGCUCCGAAGUCAACUAAACUCGAAGAACGCUUGGCCUUCAUGAUCAAGGAUUCUGCAUGGUUGGAAACCGAAUACGACUUCAAGCAAGUCACCACCGAGGACGGAAGAUUUGCAGCUGUCCUGAUCACCAUGAACCUGCCCUUCUGCCGAGCCUUUAACAAGAUCUUUAGCAAACUUCUUGGCACUAUGGCUGGUGAUCAGGCUUCUUUGAGAAGCAAGAGUUUGAAGAGCAUUGAACAACUCCUCGAAAUGGACCCCACGAUCCUGGACCAGGGAACAUUCUUCAUCAACAGUAUCAUCAGAUGUCUUGCCGACAACUCAACCCAAGUUCGUGAUUCCGCUCUUGGUCUCAUUGCCAAGUGUCUUUCUUUGCGUCCAAAGCUGGAUACGAUGCUCUAUGAGCGUGUCAUCAUGCGAGCCCAGGAUGCCAACUUGCAUGUUAGAAAGCGCGCGAUGAAAAUGUUGAAAGACAUGUACCUGCGCAACGACGCCCUGAACAUGAAGGCAUUGAUUGCAGAUACUCUGAUCAACCGUGUCACUGAUACUGAUGAAAGCAUUGUGGAGCUCGCUCGUCACACUUUUGAGGAUAUCUGGAUGACACCUUUCCACAGCAUCUCUGACUCGGAUACUGACUCGGUCAAGAAAAAGCUCCGUCUACGAGAGCAAACCAGUCUUGUGAUCAACAUCGUCAAACGCAAGACUGACACCACAGAAGCUGUUUUGCCUGAGCUUCUGCAGCAGAUCUUGUCGGAGAAGUCCAAAGCAGCAAAGGCUAAUGUUGUGGUCUGUAAAGAGAUGGUUAAGCUCAUGUUUGACGCUAUCAUCGAUCCAAACGAGCUUCCAGAGAGUCCUCCACAGCAGCACGUACUGCAGACGCUCACCAUCUUCUCUGCAGCUAACGCCAAGCUAUUCUCGGCUGACCAGCUUCAAACUCUUCAACCUUACGUCAAGAAUCUCAGCACUGAUGACAAUCUGCUUGUGUACCGCUCAGCAAUUGUUAUUCUCCGUCAUACCCUACCUCACAUGAAGAAUCUCAACCGAGAUUUCCUUGUAAACAUACAGCAAGCUUUACUUGGCAGCUUUACCAGACUUCCACCAGCCGAGCUCAAGGAAGUUGCAACAUGCCUCUGGACUCUUGAUGGUGAACUCCAUAACACCGAGAGACUCGUCAAAGUAACACUGUCACUCUAUGAUCAGAUUAAGCGAGGCUUGCCUGUUGAUAUGAACAGCAACCAAGCUGUAGCGCAGAAGACGAGAAGACUCAUCACCAUCGCCGGUCAUUUCGGCAAGGCUUUCAACCUUGAUUCCUACCUCGGCUCGUUCAAGGAGAAGUUUCCGGAAUUCAAGGGUGAACAUGUCGCAUUCUUGGCUGUCGAUCUCAUUUGUCCUUUCACAAGCCCCAAUCAGCCCAUGGUUCUUCGCCAGGCAGCACUUGACAGUGUUUGCAUGCUGUGUCAGGCUUGGCCUAGUCAGUUGAUGCGUGCUGAUGUUUGUAAUGCAUUCAAAUUGGCUCUAGAGUCGGACGACCAACAACUUCCGAUGACAUUGAUCGCCGGUCUGAAAGACUUCUACUGUGCUGGCGACAAGCCUGGCGAAUCAAACUUGAUCCAGGUCGGUACUGGUGUCGAGGCUGGUACUGAGAGAUUAGGAAAUACCUACAUGGCUACCGAUCGUGAUGGCGCGGCCACCUCAAUCGCGCAACAAUUCUUGAGUAGAAUCCGUGAUGUUGCUCUCAUUUCAGCUGAUGCUCUCGCAUUCAACGCAGUUCAAGUGGUCGCUAGUAUCGGCCGCCAAGGACUUGUUCAUCCCAAAGAGACAGGUCCAUGCUUUAUCGCUCUCGAAACAUGUCCUGACACCAAAAUCGCUACAUUCGCCUUCCAGGAGCAUAUGGGACUUUACAGCAAGCAUGAAGCAAUGUUUGAAAAGGAGCACAUCGGUGCUGUUCACCAGGCCUUUACGUAUCAGCAGAACGUAGCCAAGAGCAACCAAGGAUACACAGGCACUCCACCAACUUCCAAGAUGCACCACUUCUGGGAAGUACUCAAGACUGGAAAGGCCAAGAUUCGCAUGAAGUUCUUGUCAACAAUCUGUGGCAAAGCAGGUGUGGGCUUUGAUGUUUCGAAGGUGGACAUGUCGGAUUCGCUUCCUUCCCACGUCGCCUUCUCUCGAUUCGUAUGUGAGAAUCUGGCGUUCUUUGACUAUGCCAAGUUUGAUGAGCUCCAACAUCUGAUCGAGUGCAUUGAGAAGGUCAUGGCCAAUACUGGCACUCCUGUCGCUCACAUGGUCGAUGUUGACAUCCUUCGAAUGCUCAUUGAGCAAGAUGCUCCCAUGGCCGAUGGUGAGAGCGGCAUCAAUGGCGCAACUUCGUCUCAAAGCAAGCCAGUUGACCCAGCUCGCUCACGUGAGUUGACUGUCUACGUCCAAAUCCUGCUGCUGCUUUGGGAAACUCGUACAUACCUUCGGCGACUAUGGAAUGUUAGCAAACACCAGGCAGCCACCAAAGGCAAGGCGAGCAAAGAACACGUUCGUGCAUUGCAACGCAUUCCCAACUCGAUCAAUUUGACCGAGAAGUACCUCGCACGCAAUCAAGAGAUCAUGAGGGCUCUGGACACGCCUGAAAGCCAGCUCAGUUUGUGUACUUCAUUCUCGGAGGUCAUGGCAGUCGACAGCGAACUCAAGGUCGACAAGGAAGAUGCAGAUGGUGAUAUGGACACUUCGAUGACGCUGAAUGGGGAUGGCUAUGAGACGCCGAGUGAGAGAGGUGAGAGCGCGACUCCUGGUAGUGGACAGAAGCGUGGUCGCAAGAGGAAGAGCAUCGAUUCCUCGCAGAACACUCCCAGGAAGAAGGGGCGACCAAGAAAGAGUCCGAGUGUGCAAGGCCGCUCCGUCUCUUUGCUUGAUUGA